AAAGCAAUUCACAGUCAAUCAUUAAUGGUAUGUUUCUUUUGUUUUGUUCUAUUUAUUGUCAACUAAUACGUUUUUAUAUAGUAAAUCUACACUAAAGUCGAUUGAUUCAACUAUGUAAUAUAACCAGAAAUUCAAAAAGGGUUGGUGUAUGCACAUUUACAUCAACGUAAAUUAAUUAUAGUGUCCAAAUGAUAGAGCCACAUAUGAGGAUCCAAAUCCAUAUAUCUAAUUUCAUGGGAAGGUUUGAUUACAGUUGGUUUUGUGGAAACAACUAUAUGAAAAUUUAUAGUUUGCCAUUUAUUAUGAUGAGCGAUGACUAUGUAAGUGUGAAACAGAGAUUUUCGUCAUGACUAGAACAAAAGGAAACGACAAGGGGGACAUGUACAAUUAAAUGCUAUUGAAAUGAAGUGGCAAUGACAAGUUUUUUGGAUAUGAUUUUCAUUUUAAAAAGAAGGUUUCAUAUAGUAAUAAGAAAGUUUUGGGCAGCUCAUUUCAAGUAUGAAUGGGAUUAUGUUGCUUCGGAGGAAGCGGCUGACCUCAUGAUUGCUUCAAUUCUUUUUUUUUUGGCUAAAGAUUGCUUCAAUUCUUUAAACUUCAAUUCAUAUCUUUCAUUCAUUUGGAUCACAUUUUUAUUAUAAUUAUCAUAUUUCUAUGAUAAAAUAUGACAUUCUACUAACUGUUUUGCUCCGUGACACUGACACAUAAUAUAAGAAACGAAAUAGUAGUUUAAAUAUUGUCAAUUAUUAUUCGUUUGGUAAAGAAUGCCGUGACAUCGAAUAUUCCUUAUAAGUGAGAAACUCUUCUAUCAGAAAAUGUUACACAUAAUGAUAAUGAUGAACAUGGUCAGUUUUGAGAUUUUUAGGGAUUUAAAGCCAAUAUUUCAUUUGAUUGUGCUUAGGAUCGAUUCUGAUGAUGAAUGGGAUGCCAAACCUGUUAUAAAUAAAGAUUUAUUAAUCUUUGUCCAUAAAUACAUUGUACCAUGUUUAUGCUUAGCUAGAAACGAUUGUUGAAGAUUACAUUUUUGUUGUUCAAAAUCUCAGUGUCCCUAACAAAAAAGAAUGAUCAGUGAUCUUAACUUUGUGACUAAAUAUGAACGGGCUCCGUUAUUGAGCUACGUGUAGAAUCUCCAUGAGCAGAACUACUGAAGGACCCAUUCUAAUUUCAGAGCUCAUAAAGCCUUAAGUGCGGCCCAAGACACUCUGGAAGUGGAAGAUUUAUAUAUAUUUAUAAACUCCAAACUUCAACUUCAUAUUUCCAAAUGAACAUAAACUACCAUCAAGUUAUAAUUAUUUGAACUUAAAAAUUUGAAGAAGAUCGUUGGGCAGGCACGUGGAGACUUGAACAUGUUAAAUGACAUCGUGUGUUUUGUACAUAGAAGACACACAACAGAAGCAGAAGCACACAUCCUUAUUUUAUCUAGCUAGCUAAGUGAAUAAAUAAACAAGUUGAUGUUGGAAGCUAUCACUAUCUUCUCUCCUUUCAACUCUAUUUAUAUUCAUAACAUCCCUCUCUUCACAUUUUGUUUUCUUAAAACUUAUCUCUUUGAUUUUGUUUUUACAGUUUCGAGUGAAUCUUUUUUAUGUUAUAUAAAUUGACCACUUAAGUUUACAUGGGGCGACACCUCAGAUUUAUAAACAUAUAUAGCAUCUCCAUGUAUAUGUAUGUACUCAUCUUUCUUUCAGAAUAAAAUUUUCAAAUUGUUAAUGCUUCUAAAAAUGCAUACUUUCUUGAAACAAGAAAAAAUAAAAAAAUAGAAAUACUGAAUUACAGGAUUCUUCUUUGCAUAAAUAAUAAGUCAAGUUCCAGAUCCAUUUACAGUCAAUGGUGAAAACUGAGAGUCAAAAUUCAAUAUUCACUUUUGUCAGCAACUAAAAAUAACAAUAUGUUUUAUUUCGAAAUGAUAUAAAUUCGGGUAGACAAAAAUGAUAUAAAUUUGGUGUAAAGCAAGAAUUCAUAGUCUGAAAACUUAUACUGAAAUCCAGUUUUCCAGAAUAAAUAAUUAGAAUAAGCAAUACUUAAUAUUUAAUAAAUUAAUACGUUGUGGGCCUUUGAAAAUAUAAUGGAGGUUGAUCUAGAUAGAGCAGAAGAUAAUGUCAAAUAAUACUUAAAAGUUCAAGAUUAAUCAGAUGUUUAAAAAAAAAGGUUCAUGGUUAAUUCUAGGAAUAAAAAAGUGCAAAAUAGAUACUUAGAUUCCAUUAAUUAAUUUAAGUAGGUUUACUCGUACAUGAAUAAGUGGCAAUGUGGCAUGACCCUUGUGGUCUCACAACCCCUGGAUAUCUUACUCAAAAAGAAAAAAGCCCUUAUAUGCCAUGUUGACACGUAGAUGUGUGUAUAUAAACAUGAAUAUCUCAAAGAUUCUCUAAAAUUAAGGACGAUGUGUGUGAUGGGGAAAAGAAGAACACCAUGCUGUGACAAUAGCCAAGUUCUGAAGAGAGGGCCAUGGAGUGAUGAAGAAAGUGAAAGACUCAAAGCUUUUAUUCUAAAACAUGGUCAUCACAACUGGAGAUCUCUUCCUAAACUAGCUGGAUUGACGAGAUGCGGAAAGAGUUGCCGUUUAAGAUGGUUAAACUAUCUGAGACCAGGUCUCAAACGAGGCAGCUUCACCAAAGAGGAGGAAGAUACCAUUAUCCACCUCCACCAAGUUCUUGGAAACAAGUGGUCAAAGAUAGCAUCACACUUGCCAGGAAGAACAGACAACGAGAUCAAGAAUGUGUGGAACACUCAUCUCAAGAAACGAUCGAUGAAGAGCAACUCAUCAGCAUCAGAUGUUACCAACCAAGCCUCUUCCGUGUCCUCUUCUUCCUCAUCAGUCUCUAAUGACGUUAUUAACAGCGAGAAGCAUAAUCAGGAAGAGGAGUUGGAGAAUAUCUUGGUGGAGCAUAUGGCAUGUGGAUUUGAGGUGAAUGCACCACAAUCACUAGAAUUUCUUUUUGAAGAUCGCCAAAUCUCUCCUAUCCCUAUAUCUAAACCGGAGUCUCUAGAAAUCCAUAUGCAAUCACAUGAUGAGUUGUGUAGCCGAAUGGUUGAACCAGGGUUAGAUGUUUACAAUGAGUGGCUCAGCUAUUUUGAUAAUCAAACUUUGUAGAACACAAUGAGUUGAUCCACCAUGUUUAUUUUUAUUGCAUUGACCUUGUCUUUGUUUUUU